UUUGCAGGUACUGUUCUCGUCAGUUUUCACUCUCCCUUCAUUUUCUUGUUUCUGAAGGAAAUCACUCGCAGCGUCAGCUUCGUUUGUCUCAUUUUUACUGAAAUGGCGGACGAUAGCGUUCCAGUUCCUGAUAAGCAGCUUUGCCUGUAUGAAGUUGAUCUCUCUCGGCUGUUUUUAGACGAAGAUCUCAACCAAAAGCUCUCUCUGUCGCUUGCUAGUAUCAGUAACGACCUGCUUAAUGAAAGCUACUUGAAGAAGUCCGUCUCUAAAGAUCCUAGGCGUUGCCUUUAUGUUCUAAUUGAUCCGAUUGAGUCAUGGAAGGCACGCGGUGGCCCCACAGUGUACUGUGCAAUUCAGGUGUAUCUUGAGGGGGAAAUACCUGAUUAUCCUGAAGAAGAUGAGAAUGUUGGGAAUUUCAUAAGCUACAUAUUAUCACGUUACCCUCAAUUUGAGCAGAAGAACCUUGUAGGUGCCCAUAUUUUGCAUUUGUUUCAGAUACUUGAUGCAUCAGAGGAUGGAUAUGGUUGGACAGCAUUGGAUACUUUGACAAGAUUUUAUGAUGGACAAGCAACCAUGAAUAACACAGAACAGGGUCCACUGAUCAAUCCGCGGAAGAAAUGGACAAAGUUGCAUUACGCAGUCAUCUGCAGUGACUUGACUGUUAAUGCUGUAUCUCGCUUGGAAGGACUCAAUUUCUUUGUAAUCUUUGCUGGGACCCUUAUGAAACCUGGACCCAAGGAUACUUUUGGUGAAAUGCAAAUAUGGAUGUUCAAAAAGUUGCAUGACUAUGAAUCUGAGGUUUCUGAUGGGAGAUUUGCCGUCAAUGUCCUUGCUGAGCAAUCCUUUUUUGCAUUCGUAAGACAACUGUCUAGAGAAUUGACUUACUUGGAUCAAUCGCUUGUGCGGAGGAUACUUAAAAGCUUUCAUGACUUGAUCCCGCCUAAGAACAUGCGUUGUCUAUAUAGAAUGUGGACAAGAGGAAAAGAACAAGAAAGAGUUGAAGAGUUUAUCAAGGUUCCAGAGAAACCAGAGAAUCUUCAACCAAUAAGACAUUUGUUGGAGGAUCUUGCUCAAAGAUAUUUGACAAGGGAACAGCCAAUUAAACUGUCACAGGAUGAAGAGGAUUUGCUCAUCAACUUUUUGCAAAACCGACCUAAUAUGCCUCUGGACAACGAUGCAAGGUCCAAGCUGAGCAAGAUUUGUGAGAAGGCUGCUGAAUUGUACAAAACGUACGAUGGAAAGGUGGUGGAGGAUCCCUAUGGAAGGAACCAGAUAAAGGAGUUGACUAAGAACGAAAAGGUGGUCGUUGGAGUUAUCAAAGAUGGAAAGGAUGUGCCUGCGGAUGAUCCCGAUGUAAUCAAGAAAAACAAAAGAGAUGUUGAGGAUGAUGAUGAUCUCAAUGCGAACAAGAAACCGAAAAGUGAGGCAGGUAGUUCAGCAGGAACAUCAUAAAGAGAAAAACUUGGAAGAGUUUCCGCAAGGUUUACUAUAAUUUCCUUUCUUUGUGUAGACUCGGCCGAAUUUGUUAGCCGAUAAAGUUUACUAUAACUUUCCUUCUACUGUGGACUCUGCCAAAUUCAGUAUGGGCGCAUUGCUUAAUUUGUUAAUUCCGAAACUUUCUGCAAGGUUUGGUUUGUUGGUUCUUUAGUGAAGUAACAAAAAAAUGAACAGAUCUUAUAUCUUAUA